AUGAUAAGUCUUUGCCUAGCCGCCGGAAGCCUGCUUCUGGCCAGCUCCAUCCUUGUGAGGCUCUGUUCGCAUUCCUUUAUAGUCAAUGUACACAAUCUCAGCACUAUGAUCCUCGGCCUUUUUUCUCUACUGUUUCUAACGGGCUUCUUGUUUCUCUCUACAGAUAUUCAUAUUUAUCUAGGAAUUUCGGUUAUAACAGCAGGUCGUGCAACGUCCAUCUUAGCCUGUCUUCAUCUCUUAUCCUUUUGGUGCCUUAUUAUUGUAACCUUUCAGACCCGCCUUUACUUCUUGUUGCUAAGCAGCACCCUUAAGCUUCUUCCCAUUGUAACGCUUUUUGGUCUGAUGACUCCCAUUCUCUUACUUUCCGUUGGAGUUGUUUCGGUCUUAGACAGCAUGUUCAGAUUUAUGUGGGUGCCUUUCUUUCUGAUCUUGUGCAUUGAGACCGCUAAUUACUUUCUGUUCAAGUAUCCUGAUAGGAUCAUGUGGGCCAUUAUGCAGAGAAUUGUCAGAACAACAUCGUUGCAGACCUCUUCUGAGAGGCUAUCUGUCGUUGCUUUACUACUGCCACCAGAGGCGGGUAAGGAAUGUUUAUUAGAGUCUGGCUCAGAGUCCGGCAUUCAGAGAUCUGCAGCAGGAGGGUUAUCUGGCUUAAAUACCCGGCCUACACACGUAAAGCUGAAGAAGACCAUCGUGGAUGGCCUGCCUGACUAUUCGCCAGUUGCAGCAGAUUGCGAGCCCACAUAUCAAAGCGUGUGGAAGCAACUAAAUGAGAGUAUUAAUCUGAACGCUCCAACUACACGAUCUUCCUUUGCUGCCAUUAUCUCUACUAUCAAAAAGCAUCGCUUUGCAGAAGCUCCACCUAUAAAUUUCUUUCCGCAUAUAGAGCCCACUAUGUUCUACUUGGUGACUGUUUCUCUACUCUUUAUCACUGCAUUGGGUUUGAAUGUAUGCUAUAAGUAUUUGCUGCGUGGAAAGCUAAUGGAGAUACUCCCUCAGCUUAUCCAUUUCACCCACAAGAGCACUGAGUCCGAAUACAUGAGCUCGAGCGCUUCCAUAUACGCGACCUUCUUAGAGUUCAUCAAUAAUUAUAAUAUAUUUCCUGCUAUGCAUGCCAUUCUUAUUCUGCAGAUGAUUUUUAUAGUGCCUCUCUGCAAUGGAAAUACGGUAGAUGUGAUGAUGGUAUUCACAAACCCCGUCAUCUUUCAGGUCUUUGCACGCUGGCUUGAAUCAAAUCGAUUUGGUGCACCGCUAGCCUUCUUAAUAGAUUGUUAUUUUUAUCGCCAACGGCCCAGCUAUGAGAGAAUGAUUGUCAACAAAAUCUAUGUUAAGUGGAUUGAUAUGCUCGCAAACGGCAUGCUUCCGUGUACUGGGAUAGCUCUUUCAGAGGUAGAAUUCCUUGUAUCAAGAGUGAUGUCCGCAGGACUGAACAAGCACUACUUCAAUGAUAUGACCUCUUGCGAUAACAUGCUCUCAAUACUCGAUAGUUUCGGUACCACCUCUUCGGAGAAGCUACUGAGCAAGAUCCGCGGGAAGCGAGGCCCCACUGGAGUAAGCUCAGCCUUCUGCUCCACUAAUACCUCAAAUUAUCACCUUAACAGAUCUCUAAGUACAGACUUCGUGAUUAAUAUGGAUGUCUUCACUGCGAUUGAGAUAGAGCUCAGCAUCAUUGUCUAUAUAUGUGCAAUAAAGUUUGUAUAUUCUCUCGCUCCAAUCUACUUUAGGACACUGGCAUACCUCUCUACACUAGAGAAUCAUGCUACUAUGCCGUGUGUUUUGUUUCGACUGGACAACAUGGAACGUCAGGGACUCAUGAAGGGUGUCUUCUCCAAUCACAUAACUGUUUCUGACCCUUUUCUCCCCAAGGGUGGCGAAAAGGCUCUCAGCAAAGGCGUUUCCAGUAAGAGCUAUUGUAACAUUUAUUUGAAGAUGCUGUUCAAAUCGUUGUGCAACUAUGCCGAAGCCGACCUGCGUUUAGAGCUAACUUUAUUAGCGGUCCUGAACAAGUGUAGUCCAAACAUCUUGUUUUCUGCAGUGACACCCAGAACGAUUGCCAAGCUGUCUGAAGCACAUAAGAAGAGUCUGCUUCUGGAUCAACUCACAUUAUUAUCGAACAUAUCUGCAUAUAACAUGAAUUUAGAUCCAAGGCAAAAGUUGGGUUCUACGCUACUUGCAUCACAGAAUUUAAUUCUCAAGAAUUUAUCCCACACUAGAGCACGCAGGAACUCUCUCAUCGGUCCUAAGAUUCUAUCAUCAGGGAAGAGGGGCGCAGCCUCGGAAGCAGGCGAGGGCACCAAGGACAAGUCUCAUAUACCUGAUAGCACCCUUUUUUCAUACUUUGAUUCAUCAGAAGAGAAGCUUGUUACCCUCCUCAAAGAAAUACUCCGGACGCGGAGGCUCGACACCGCCAUGCAGUCCCGAAUACUCACCGUCUGUCAGCUCUUGGAUCCAGACUUGCAUGUCAGCUCCGCUAUCCUGCAAGACAGCAAAGACCCAUCUGCCAAGUCGGAGGACUGGGGAAAGCUUCUUAACGACAUUAAAGGCAUGAAAUUGAUGAAUUUGACCGUAGAUGACAAGUCUGAGAUUAGCGAGCAGCUGAGGACCCUGGACGAAGGAAGGUAUGAGAUAGAAAGACCGCAGAGCACACGGACUGUGUUGUCUUACAGCUCUUCUACAAACAUCUCUAAGCAAUCUGUAGAGAAUAUGUUGCAGCUCUAUUCCAAGCGAUACCCAGAACAUAUACGGAUGCCUGAUGUUUCUCAGCGUGAAUUUCGCGUGAAUAACACAUAUUAUAGACUCGACCAAUCUGGAGAACUUGUACUUACUCUUCAGCAGCGCAUUCUCCAGGCUGUGUUAAACAUAGCGGUCAUACGCACCUUGGAAUAUUUUGAAACUGGCGAUGAGAGUGCCAUGACAUUGACCGUCACCUCAGAAUUGGCAGAGAAAUAUGGAGUGGAUUGUUCAAAUAUCAAGUUGGCGAUAGAGUACAAUUUGGACAAGAUUUCCAAGUAUAUCUGCCAGAACAUUGAGUCGUCUUCUUUCGAUGUCAGUGCCAUGAAUACAUAUACACGCACUUAUGGACUGACGGCCGUUGGCUACAUCCUUGCAAAGCUCCUGGGCAUAACCACUUAUUUUUCGAUCCACGACAACGUGCUUUUGGCUGUUCUUAUCGAGCUGGAGUCCUCUUAUACAAGCACGCUGUAUCACAACAAGCUUCAUGCAGCAGACGUGGCCCAGAUGUCCAUGUACAUGCUCAGUACCGUGUACUGUUCUCUCAUCAGCGAAUCCCCCAAGCAUCCAUUUUUAUGUGUGUAUAAAGCCAUGCGGCAAUACAAGGAGAGUGACUAUUCUAGGCUCAUAACAGAACAGCCCAGGCAGGCCCUUAUCCGACCAGUUGAUUUCUUGGCACUCCUAUUUGGGUCUCUGUGCCAUGAUCUUGGCCACACAGGGAUCGACAAUCUCUUCUGUAUUAAUACGGAGAAUGCCUUAGCCCUCCUCUACAACGACGAGGCGCCCUUAGAGCAUGCCCAUGCAACGCUGUCAUGGCACAUCAUCACACAGAUGGCAGUCUAUUUCAAGCACUUCACACCAUGUCAGUACCGCGAAUUUAGAGCACUGUUUUUAGAAAUUAUUUUAGCAACCGAUAUGUCUACUCACUUCAAUUUUCUCCGCCGCUUAGAAAGCCUCGACGAGGAUUUAAUUAUUAAAAUACUUGAGCACCACAAUGAUUCGGAGAUUGCUUUGCUCAGAUGGUACAUUCUGAAAGUGUGUAUCAAGUUUGGAGAUCUGUCCAAUCCAUGCAGGCCAAUAGAAAUAAGCACACGGUAUGCAGUGGCCCUGAUGAACGAGUUCUGGUCACUGGGUGACCUUAUGCUAGAGUGUGGUCUGGAGCCAGACAAGAUCAAGACCCGUCCACAGAAAGGUGAAGAGUCACUUAUCAUUGCCAACUCGCAAAUUGGAUUUACGCAGAGCAUCGUGAAGGGCUUCUGGACCGUUGUGGAGCGGUUUUGGAAAGCCUUGGCAGGUGUAGAGUUUAGCGACUUACAAGCGAAUCUAAAUGCAACCGUCGAGCACUGGCAAAAUGUGCGCUCAGAGAUUGAGCUGGACAAGAAGGAGUAG